AUGAAAAAGAUUAUACCUGUCGUUACUGUAGUACGCGCUGGUCAGCACAAAUACUUAUCGGGCUUAAAUCUACAAAAACAAUUGAGUGCACAGAAUGCCGAAGAUUGGGCCAACUUUCGCAAUUACCUUAUACUGCAGCAACAUAACCCAGUGUAUACCAUAGGCAUUCGUACCAAGAAUUACUCCGAAGACGAUGAACGACGUUUACGUAAACUGGGUGCUGAAUUUUUUCGGACGAAUCGUGGCGGACUGAUCACUUUUCAUGGACCGGGUCAAUUGGUUGCAUAUCCUGUAAUACAUUUGCGUCAAUUCCAGCCUAAGAUGCGCUGGUAUGUUGCAACAUUGGAGGAGACUGUUAUUGCAACUUGUCGAAAGAUGGGUGUUCUGCAGGCAACAACUACAUCAGACACUGGCAUAUGGGUAGGAAAUAACAAAAUUUGUGCUAUAGGUGUGCAUGGCUCUCGGUAUGUCACCACACACGGUAUUGGUCUUAAUUGCUGCACAGAUCUACGCUGGUUCGAGCAUAUUGUCCCAUGCGGUAUUGAGGGAAAAGGAGUAACUUCACUGAGUCAGGAACUGAAGAGAAACGUUUCUGUAGAAGAAACUGCGAAUAUGUUUGUUCAAUGUUUUAUGGAACACUUUGAAUGCAAAGUGCUUGAUGAGACUUGA